AUGAGAUGCAGUACUAUAGCCGAUCCUAAAGAAAGUGCUCAUAGAAAACAUAUUGUGGAUGAAAUUUAUGCUACAGAAGAGUCUUAUGUUAAUUCAUUAGAACAAUGUAUUACUUCAUAUCAACAACCAUUACUAGCUGAUAACCCACCAGUCAUAGAUGGAAGUGAUGUUAUGACAAUGUUUUUACACUUUCAAGAAAUUAUUGCAGUUAAUUCAAUGUUGAUGGAAAAAUUAAAAGAAUUUAAAAAACGAGGAACAUUGUAUACUAAUACUGGAGGUGCUUUUAUUAAAUUUGUUCCAUUCCUUAAGUCAUACACACAAUAUGCAACAAAUCAAGAUAAUUGUCUUCAGGUUUUAAAAAGACUUGACCAUGAUCCAAGAUGUGCUAAAAGACUUGAAGAAUUAAGAAUUAACAUUAAAACAACAAAUCAACUUGAUUUAAGAAGUUAUCUUAUUAUGCCAGUUCAACGAUUACCUCGAUAUGUUUUAUUAUUUACUGAUUUAAUUAAACAUACUCCUGAAAAGUUUCCAGAUUAUUCAAGGCUAAUUAAAGUUUCAUCAGAAAUUCAAAAAGUUACAGUGCUGGUUAACCAAUUCAUUGUACAGGGUGAGAAAUUAAGAAAAUUAGUUGAAAUAUCAAAUACUAUCGAUUUCCCAGGAGGGGAUCUUACUGUUGGAAGAAAAUUAAUUAGAGAUGGUAUUUUAAAUAAACAAUGUCGUAAAGCCCCAAAACCAAGAUAUUUUGUUCUUUGUACUGAUAUCUUGUUUUAUACUCUACCAAAAAAAAGAGAGGUUAAUGUUAUUGUUAAGCUUGUUGAAGCUGAUCUUAGAGAUAAUGAUUCAUUAAGGUUUGAUAUAUUCUCCCCUGAAAAAUCGUUUAGCAUUAUUGCUGCUAAUGAACAAGAGAAAAGUGAUUGGGUAAAAGAUUUAAAAGAUGCUAUUGAUAAAUGUAAAUCUAAUUCUGUUCUAUUAAAAACACCUAGAGAUAGGAAAACAGAACAUAAGUUAGUGAUGAGACCAGUAUUUGUUCCAGAUGAUCAAGUCAAAGAAUGUAUGUCUUGUAAAAAGGAAUUUGGUGUUGUAAGAAGAAAACAUCAUUGUAGAUUUUGUGGAAGUUGUAUUUGUUCUGAUUGUAGUAGAAAUAAAGUAAAGAAUGGAAAUAGUUAUGAACGAACAUGUGAUAGUUGUUUCAAGAAAAUGUGUAUUGAAAAUAAAGAUAUUAUUAGUACACAAGAAGAGUCAGAUUCUAUUGGAAGUGAAUUAAGUCCAAGAAGUCCACGAAUGUCUAAAUCUGAAAAGAAAGAAAAACAAGAUAAAAAGAAAGGAAAAAAGAGUGAUAGUGAUGAUAAUGAUUAUUCUCAACAAACAAAAAUUGUAUCUACCCCAAUUAUUUCUACUAAUCAAGAAAAUAAUAGAUCACCACAAUCAGUAAAAAGUUUAAAGGCAAUGUGGGAGGCUCAAGCAACUCAAUAA